GAAGCAUUUUGUGACUGCCAGAUCAGGGUAAUGUCUAAAAAGCCUGUUGUCUUGCCUACAUGGUUUUGUUUAUAUAUGAACUAAUCUCUUCUGAAUCCAUGUCUGCGUGAAGCUGCACAAUCAAUAUACAAAGUAGGGUUUAAAAUCAGGACUUCCCAACCCUUUCCUCCCAUCACAAGAUACUGUCCAUCCCCUACAGAUGUUUCACCACACUGAGCCACACUCACAGUGACCUUACAGAAGACUCCAGAAACUGUCCUGGCAUAAAUGAAAAUCCCGUUUGAUUGAGCUGAUAAACUUUGAUUCAGUCCCUUUUUGUAAUGACUGCAUCAGAAUGAGAUACAUAUUCUUAUGCUUAAUAAUAUUAUAAAAACCUUCACCAUGUUAUGUAAAUGCAUUUUGUUGUUUUUACAAGUGGGGGAAAAUACAGCCAAAAUAGUGUUUAAAAAAAAAAUAUAUAUAUGUUUAUAUCUGGAAUUCCAGAUACAAAAUGGAUUUGAUAGAAUUGGUAAAAUUAGGAAAACAAAUUGUUGGGAAGAAAUCCUUCAGCAACUGAAACUCAGCCACGUGUGAUUCCAAGCUUUUGUGCAGGCAAGGCAAGAUUUUAAAUGGUGUAGUCUCAGACCAAGACUGUAACAUGGUAUUAGAGAAGGGAACCAAAUCUUCUGCAAAUAUUUACACAACCGUCUGCAUACUGAUGGAUAGAGGUUCCCUGUACUGGCCUGUCCUUUAAAGGACAUUGUUUUCUAUUGACAUUUCAUCUAAAGGUUUUUCCAUUAAUUGAGAUGAGCUUAUGUAACCAUUUUAAUACAUUAUUACUUCUCCUCUCCUGAGGCCAGGUCAACAACAGGCUGCACGAGAGCUUUAACACACCUCUCCAAUAUGCACUUACAUGGUCCCUGCUAUACACGAUAGCAUGUGAACUCAGCUGGCAGCAAAGAAAGGCAAGAUCAGGACUGACUCCAGUUUGCCCUUGGGACCAGAACAUGGGCCUGGUUGUGUACAAUUUAUCAGUGAAUUAUAUCCUUACUGAUCCCUUCCAUCUUGGGAUAUUCUAUGGUUCUAUUUGCUUUAAAUUCUCUGCACUGUCACAAUGGACUACUUUGUCUUUUAUUACUGUGUGUUGACUAGCCUUUUCUGGGCUUUGACCAUUUGUAUAUUUUCUUUUUAAAGCUGCCAGAAAAUUAGACCUGGUUAUCACUAAUCUGUAUACCUCAACAGUCUUUUUCUCCGUCUUUCUCUGCUUUGGUGUUUGUGGAAUAGCAGAAGUUGUGCUUGGGCAUUCUAAUUUUUCCCCACAUUCAAAUAUAUACAAAGUAGUGAAGCUAAAGGUGUUUAAGAGUUCUUACAUCAGGGAAAUGUUUGUUCUGAGGAAAAGACCUGGUACGUGCUGUAUUUCUCCUGGGAGCACUUUUGUCUGAAUCAUGAUCUACUGGCUUGUGAUGAACCGUGGUGUUUUAAAACUGUACUGCUGACACAAUAUUGAAGUAGAAUACCCUGAAGGAAACACAGUGAUGCACUUAAGUAAUUAUACCACGUAUCCUGGGCCGGCUUUUUGAAUGUUCAUAGUUACCUUUUGCAAAUAUCUUGUUUCAUUCCCUUGUGUGCUUGUUUGAGGAACAAAGGAGUAACAGUGAAGUUAUCCCUGUCGAAGCCUUAAAGCUGAGCGUCCAGCUGCUGCCACCAGUGCUCGGUGUGACAGAGCAGCCCAUUCAGUUCCCAGCAGACAGCAGUGCCGGUGUCUCGGCCUCCAUCUCACUUCCUAGAAGUGGCCACGAUGGUGAGCACACCGACCAGGAAGUGACGUCUGUCGCAGUGGCUCCUGCAAACACCCGUCACUCGGGGAAGCACAAACCUGCCCCAUAGCCACCGUUAUAAAGCAACACACCCCAUCUGAGCUCUGGCACAUCUUCCUCCAGCUGAUGUGUUGGGUGGGAGAAAUGCAGGCAUGCUGGCAGCAUGAGAGGAGAAACAUCAUUUGACUCACUGAAGAAUUAAAUCCAACAGCACUGCAGAGCCGCGUGGGAGAGAAGGGGAUUUUAGACUCAAGUGGCAGAAUCAAGUCUUCAGAAGUAAAGACAUUUGGAACAGCUUCUCCCCAAAUGGAAGUUAUCUAGACAGCCCCUGAGACCUCUCUGCAUCCUGCUUCUGCUGCACCGGGACGGUGUUCUUGGCCCUGGUCUUAAACAAAAUGUUGGAUUCUAUCAAGUGCGUGCUGGUGGGAGACUCUGCAGUGGGAAAAACAUCUCUCUUGGUACGUUUCAUCUCUGACACUUUUCCAGACAACUACAGACCCACUGUGUAUGAGAACACUGGAGUGGAUGUGUUCAUGGAUGGCGUACAGAUCAGCCUAGGCCUUUGGGACACAUCUGGAAGCGAUGCCUUCAAAGGCAUUCGCCCCCUGUCCUACCAGCAGGCAGAUGUGGUGUUAAUGUGCUACUCUGUGGCAAACCACAGCUCCUUCCUGAACCUGAGGAGCAAAUGGAUUGGCGAGAUCCGCAACCAUCUGCCCCGCGUCCCUGUGUUGGUAGUGGCCACGCAGACCGACCAGCGUGAAUCGGGGCCCUACCACUCCUCCUGCAUCAGCUCGAUGGACGGCAAGCGGCUCGCCCAGGAUGUGCGAGCCAAAGGCUACUUGGAGUGCUCAGCCCUCAGCAACCGCGGUGUGCAGCAGGUGUUUGAGUAUGCUGUGCGGACAGCAGUCAAUCAAGCCAAGAGGCAGAACAGGCGGAAACUCUUCUCCAUUAACGAGUGCAAGAUCUUCUGAGGACUGCCAGCAGUGGUUUUGCCUACGUUCGUUGUUUCUGCCUUUGCACAAAGAUGCUGCAGCAGAGAUAAUGGGAGCAAAUCAAAGACAGGACGACUCCUGCCAGGACCGUGGUACAGGUGGCCCCAGUAAAACAGAUGUGCACUCUGUCAGUUCUGUUCCCCUACCCAACACACGUGGGCACUAUCUUUAAAAAUGACAGAUGCAGGCAGGGGCCUUUGUUCACAACCCUGUGUUUGUAAUUUGCCGUCCUGGACUGAAGCAGACCCAGCCUGGAGAUUUACAGUUCAUAGUUGUGCAGAUUUUGUUAUCAGUGUUCCUCAGCUGUUGGUUUGUCUGCAUUUAUUUCAUGACAAACUUCACCUGGAUCAACCUCCCCUCUUGACAUAUCUGUCUGUAUGUGUUGGUUUUUGUUUUUUUUAAGAAUCUAAUGCAUAAAAUCUGACCACUGUGUAUCUAUUUAAAAGAUUCUUGUAUGUGUUGUUGUAAAAUCCUGGCAAUUUGUUUUUAAAUUUCUAUCUAACCACUGAUGCAAAUAGUUCUAUCCAUAUAGUAGAUGGCCUGCAGGCAAGCCUAGCACUUCUUGCACGUACCCAACAGUGAUCAAACACACUGUGUCCAGCGUAGGAGUGAUCAAAACGUAGUGACAUCUGAUAGUUGGCUCUGUGAGAUUUAUUUUCUCACCUUAGUCCUGUUCCUGGGAAAAUAGAGACUGCUGCAACAAGGUGGUCAGAGAUGUGCUGAAAAAGGAGGAACUUAACCUGACUCUUCCUAGACUUGACCUAGUUACAACCCCAGAAAGGCUAGCUUGUAGUCAAGGCUAACCAUGUGGGUAGGGUGGUAGAGACAAAUCUGAGCUAUCAUUACUUCUCAUGUCCCUGCUGUAAUUCUGGAGGCAAAAGACUUCAUUCUCUAGGGAUGAAAGGUAUUUUUUUUUCUGUGAGCACUAAAAUUCUCACAUUUUUUAGCAUAUUUUGAUUAUAAACUACUUUUCAUGAAACAAGUAUCCUACUUGCUGGAGUGCAAGAAGUGUCUGGACAAUGCUUUCAGACAGUCUAAUUUUUGAGUGGUCCUGUGUAGAGUCAGGAGUUGGACUUGAUGAUCCUUAUGGGUCUAUUCCAACUUGAGGCAUUCUGUGAAUCUAUGAUUCUACUACAGUAAAAAGAAUGAAGUACAUGGCAGUGUUUACAAUGGUUAAAUAACACAUUUUUUUGAGUUCGCAUGCUAGCAUAGCAGCCUGGAUUCUAUAAAACAAAGACUGCAGCAGGCACUGUGCGCUGGGGAGCUUGGUAAGUCUGAGCACUAAGUUCUGACAUACCUGCUUGGGCCAAGUUACCCUUCUGCACAGAGAGUGAGCUAAGGAAGUGGCACCUCUAGAUGUGUAAGUGCAUACUGCUGGAAGACAGAGUGGGGUCAACACACACCACUGUGCAUUCCCUGUGAGCUGUAGCUGCCCCACUCCUGAGGUUAUCUGUGCCAAACCCUCUGCCCCAUACCACCCCUCAGAUCUUGCAGACCAGUCUCAUCCCAAGGUUUCUGCUGCCCUCCCCACCCUUCAGUGAGCUCAGAACUGAGGCUUACAACAUGCUGCCAUGGAAGUUGUUGCACAAAACAGUAGGAUGAUUCUCUCUCCAUGAGGAUCUCAAGAGAAUUAUUUGUGUCUAUUGUGACUAAGCCUGACUUAUGCAUGCCGACAGGAAUUGAUGCAAAAGCUUUUCUGAUUCAAAUCCAAGGUGGGACUUCGGGAGUUACCCUACUAAGCAUAUAAUUUAUAGCUCAGAUCUCACCUACUGAUAGUUUAUACCAGAAAUGUCAGUCAGGUGCCCUUCUCCAUGCUCUGUUCUGCAUCUGAGCUUCUUCAUGAGGAGAAAUUCCAAAUGGAACAAUUCUCCUCCUAUGAAUCCUAGGGAUGGUCUCACUUGAUGUAGGUGAACAAAUAACAGCGUUAUGGGCUCCUUGAGCAGCAGUAGUGCGUGGGACUAUUGCUGUUGCAGCAAUCCCCAAAACUCCCAGGCUGGUGAAUAUUUACCACUCAUCAGGCUUAUUCCAAGUGAGAUCAUAAAAACAUGCCGAUCUCAUGUGUAAGGUUUUAUUAUCAGCUUCAAAUCCUCACAAGCUUCUGCACCUGAGCGUACAUUUUUCCUGCGCUCUUCUCUUUACAUUCUCUCUUUCUCUUUGUAAAACUUCUGGUAUACAUUGGAAAUCCCUAGCCCCUUUGAACACUAAAACAGACGUAUUUGUAAAAGAACCUGAACUGCCUGAUACUUACAUGGAGUUACACAGAUGUUAGGUAUUUUCAUUCCUCAGUUAAAAAUCUUUUGGCUUUUGGAAGAAGUUCGUUCCAAUAUCCCAACUCUUGUAAUGUGCUGUCAAUGAAAGUGUUGUUUCUUGCAACCCCUAAUUUAAAAGUAGCCAUUGUUCCUGUUUGAACAUUAAAGAUCACAUGCAAAAUUUUGCAUUGGCAGUCUUAAAGUCUGUUACAUUUGUAGGCAUUUUUAUUAUAGUCUCCACCCCACUGGUUUAAUAUCUGGUUUCAUUAAAGUGAAACGUUUUUUGCCAGC